UCCCUGCAUCUUUCUCACAAAAAUUUCACUUGUCCGCUCUCCCUCUUUCGCAAGCCUUCCUGUUCACAUCCAUGCCUCUUCAAAUCCAACUCUAUAGAUAAAUUAACGAAAAGGGUUCCAUUUUCUGGGUGAUUUGCACUAGAAAUACCAUACAGAGUUGCUCCUGGAAUUGAGGAUCGGGCUCUGUAUUUGAAUUCUGGGAUUUGGAGAGCUGAGUCUCUCUGUUUGUUUUCUUGCUUUGGAUAGAGAUUCUGAUCCAUGGAGGCUUAUAAAAGAUGGGUUAGGACGAAUAAAGACUAUGUCCACUCGCUGGAAUCUCUUGCCAAUGGAUUAACAUGGCUUCUUCCAGAGCGCUUUUCUGCUUCAGAGAUAGGACCAGAAGCAGUAACUGCUAUCUUGGGCAUAAUCACUGCCAUCAACGAGCAUAUAAUUGAUACAACUCCAACCCAAUGGCAUCCUGGCUCUGUAGAACCAUAUUCUUUCCCUUAUUCAUUGUGCAUAUCCGCAAUGAAGGACUUGGAAACGCUAGUUGAAGUUACAGCAGAACAUUAUUUUGGUGAAGAUAAGAAAUGGAAUUUCAUGGCUGUUACAGAAGCUUUGAAGGUGUUAGUUAGGCUGGGUUUGUUUCGGAACAGUGGAUAUAAGAUGCUUCUUCAUGGAGGAGAGACACCAAAUAUUGAGAAGCAGUCAAAUUUAUCUUCUCAACACACUGUUGGGGGUUUUCCAAAGCCUGGAAACCAUCAUGGGCCUAGUCAUUUAGGAGACAUUAAUGGACGGAAUCCAUGGAAUCUAGAAGGGAGGGCAUUGUCUGCAUUGAGCAGGUUUGGACAAAAUGCUAGAAUGGUAUCUGACCCAGUAUGGUUGAGUAGGGUUCAACAUCAGCAUGCAAUUAUGGGGCCUCCAUCUCCAAUGGUUGAUAGGAUGACACUUUCCACAAUAUUAUCUGAGAAAGGUCUACAAGGAGCAUUAUUUGUCUUGGGAGAGGUGCUCUGUAUCACAAGACCUCUUAUUUAUGUUUUGUUUAUCAGAAAAUAUGGAAUUCGAUCUUGGACUCCUUGGUUCUUUUCCCUGGCUGUGGAUCUCAUUGGAAUAAGCUUUCUAACACAAGCUACAAAGCCAAUGCAUGGAGGAAAAGGGCAACCAUUCCAUUUUUCUGUCUCUGAACAGGACGAGUUGAAAAGAAGAAAAUUGCAAUGGGCACUUUACCUUAUGAGAGAUCCAUUCUUUAGCAAGUACACCAGACAAAGACUUGAAAGCAGUGAAAAACUACUGGAACCUAUUCCUCUAAUUGGGAUUCUAACAGCAAAAAUUGUUGAGCUUGUUAUUGGAGCUCAGACUCGUUACACGUACAUGUCAGGAUCGUGAGACAAAUCUGCAUGAAGUUAGUCUUCCGAUAAUUCUCAACUGUUUAGGUGAAGUAUACCCAUCAAAUUGUAGAAUUUUACUAGAGGUUUAUUGUUAUAGUAGUUUUUAGUUCAGCUGUGGUUACAACUGUCAAAUGAUUUGGCCAUAUUCCCUGUGUCAUAAGUAGAAAUUCAAGAAACUUGUGUUUGAUGAAAAAAACUGGUCUCAGAUAUUCUAGACUGGAUACAUGCAGAUUCAGAAUGCAUAAGAGUGUAUGCAUACAAAUUUGUUUUUGUAGACGGUAUUAAGUUGUUUCCAGUGUAGGUGUGAAAUGCUCAAGGCUUGUAGUGCAGUAAGUUUCUAUUAGCAAGAAUUGGGCAUUCUUUAUUCUGAGAAUUAAGAAACUAGUUACAGGUGCUUGUCUUGCUUUAUGUAUAACAGUUAAUUCUGCAUAAUACAUUUAUAUGUGCAAGGCUAAACAUAACGAGUUCAUAGAAGACUUGAUCUUUCUAUAAAUUUGAAUAAGGAGUUUUUUUUCUAAGCAUGGGAAUAGGAGAGUGGGGACUCAAACCUAGUUAGUAAGUGGCUAAUAUGCUUUUAGCCACUGGACAGUUAGGCCAAAAGAGAAGUUGGAGGGAUAAGAAAGGUGCUUAUUGUUCUGGUUCUUCAGUCGUACUGAUCUGAUUCGCCUGGAUCAUAUGAUCUAGAAGGUCUAUUUCUAUUUGAUAUUAUUGUUGUUGCUGUUUAUUUCUAAAUUAUUUUUUGUAUAGUAUUUAAAAUAUUUCUUUAAAAAAAAAAAAAAUUCC